AUGCAGACACCGCGCCGCACAAACAUCCGCCCGUCGCUGGCGAAGCCCGGCAUCAACACUGCCUCGACGCCGCAACUCUCCUCUGCCGCACGCACCGCCCUCGAUCGCAAAGCCUCGCUGCACGCGCUAACGGCAGGUGGUUCUCCUGUCACGCGCACACCCGGCGCGAACGGCGGCAUGCACGCUGCCGGGGACGGCGGCCCACUUGCUGUUGGCGACCAUGUCGACGUGCCCGGAGGAAUGUACGGUGUGGUCAAGUUCGUGGGUGGUGUGAACGGAAAGAAAGGCACAUUCGUCGGUGUCGAGUUGGCGAGGGAGUACGCAGCUCGCGGGAAGAACGACGGCGACGUCGAUGGCACGCAUUAUUUCCACACCUCCGUUCCUGGCUCUGGAAUCUUCCUUCCUUCCCACCGGGCCACGAAGCGCGCAUCCAUCGCCGACAGCUCCGAAAGCUUUCCCGCAACACCAAGCACACCAGGUGCGACCUUUGACUAUGGCGGCACUUCUCCCACACCGCCGAUGCCCAAAUUCUCCCAGUCGGUAGGCCCUGGCACUCAUGGGGCCAGUCCUCAGGGUAAACGGAUGGUCAGGCCGUCGCUAUCACGGCCAGGAUCCCCGGUCAAGAGCAAGCCGAGCCUGACGCCCACGCCGAAAAUGCCCACACCGGGCAGGAACAUGAGCGGAUUCUCCAAGAGCACAGUUGGUCCGUCUCGCGGCGUUACUCCGAGCCCCAUGCCCAACCGGACGAUCGGCGGAAGGACUCCCCAGCCCCCCAAAUCGCCAUCUCGAUCCGGUUCGAGGACGGAGGAAGAGCAGGAUCUUGCUUCCGUCUCUGCGCUGAGCGAGGCGGAUAGAUCCAUUUCGGGUGCAAUGUCCAACCGCGGUGCUGACGAGGAAGUCAUGAGGUUGCAGAGAGCGCUUGCGGAACGCGACAAGCAGCUGUUGGAACAGGCGCACAGUCUCGCAGAGAUGGAGAGCAGUCUGCAAGAGAUCCAGAGCCUGCUUCCUACAGACGGAUCGGAAAUCUCCAGAUCGUCACAAGGCGGCGAAAUGGACGCAGACGCCGCACACCUCCGUGCAUUACUGCGAGAAAAGAAUGAAAAGAUCUCCAUGCUGACGGCAGAAUUCGACAUGCACCGAGCUGAUUUCCGCAGCACGAUAGAUACCUUGGAGAUGGCGUCGUCCGAGACGCAGCGCGUUUACGAGCAACGAAUUGAUGACCUGAUGGCUGAGAUCCGCGAAUUACAGGAGCAAACAGAGGAUGUCGAGAGCGUGGCUGAACAACUCAAACAGUUAGAAGAGCUCGUCCAGGAAUUAGAAGAGGGUCUCGAGGACGCUCGCCGCGGUGAGGCCGAAGCCCGCGGAGAAGUCGAGUUCUUGCGCGGAGAGGUCGAACGUGGAAGAAGCGAGCUUCGGCGGGAGAGGGAGAAGGCGGCUCAGGCGCUCAAGGACGCUCAAGCCCUCGACUCCGGCUCCUCCUCGCGGGAAAUGGAGCAACGGGACGACGAGAUUCGCGGCCUCAAAGCCAUCAUCCACUCCCUCAGCUCCGGCGGUGGUGUGCAAAGUCCCAAGCUGGACAAGCGGAGCUCGCUCGACGGCCCCAGUGAGGCCGAGAUGACAGAGCUUAGGACUUCGCUAGAGCGCAUGGAGCGUGAGAAGGAGGAGCUCCGCGGUCUCAUCGAACGCAAGUCGUUCCGCGAGGAGGAACUGGAGCGGGAGGUCGAGCGUCUCCGCACCGAGGCAACGCUCAGCGGCGGCGAAGCUGCCCGCGACAGCGUGAUCAGCAACAAGACCAACGACCACGCCACCCCUCGGGACUCCAAGAGCACGAUCGUCAGCUGGCGCGGCUACCAAAAGCAGCAGCAGCAGCACGAGCGCAACGGCUCGGAAGUCAACAAGCUCACCCCCAUGGCCGAGUCCGAGCAUGAUGACCGCGCUUCCAGCCCCGGCGGCGCCAGCGAGCUGUGGUGCGAGAUCUGCGAGACGGGCGGCCACGACAUCCUCAACUGCACCAACGAUCUGGGCGGUGCUGGCAAGAAGGCCUCGUUCGGCGGCGCCAUCAACGAGCACCACAACGAACUGCACCUGGCUGCGGACAUGUCGGAGGACACGGACAUCGCAAGCUCCGUCGCCGACGACAUCAUCCAGAACAUGGAGAAGAUGUCGCUCAACCGGUCCCACGACGCCCCCGCCCCUCUUUCCUCCUCGCUCGGAAGUCCCAGCCCGGCACCCAAGGCCGCUGCUCCCCCGCCCGCCGCUCCCGCCCCCGCUCCUCCCACUUCUUCCGCCUUGCCCAACCCCUAUGAGGAAGGCCUCGUGGCGGGCAAGGGACAAGACGUCGAUGCGGAUAAGUGGUGCGCGUUGUGCGAGCGGGAUGGACACGAUGCCACCGCUUGCCCCUUUGAGGAUAUGUUGUAG